AUGAGGGAAGGCUAUGCUCAAGGAAGUAAUGAAUCAGUUUUUAGAGCUGUUAUUGAGAUAUAUCUGCGGCCAAAGUAUAGUUCAAAGUACAAAAUUGAUAUCAUGCAUCUAGGAGGAGCAAUCCCUGACAAAAACUUGUUUGUAGAUUGUUGUUCCCAAUCCGGAUGUUCGGGGUCGUCAAGAGAUACUGGAGCUCUAUUUAAGGGAUAA